CCACUGCUUUUUUUUUUUUGCUAAAUUUGGCUUCUCAAGGUUCGAUAAACAUCAGAAUAGCACGAAACGCUGCAACCAUACUAACACAAAGACCCUUUUUAAAUUCUCGUUUUACGAUUAUUGAGACACUUGCGCAUUAUUUGUCUUGUUAAAGACAAAACAAUAUACUUUAAGGUACCUGACAAAAAUAAAUCGCAUUUAAUAUAUUAACAACGCCUUUAUUGGUCAAGCAUCUGAAGAAGAUACAAUAAAACCACACUUCAUAAUACAUUAAAUAAAACAAACUUGGGGUUUUAAACACCUUUGUCAUCUUUAAUAUCAUUCUUUAGUAAUUCUGCGCAGAGCAGAAGCCAUCCAGCCGCCUUAUGCAAUAAUAACACGACUGCACGUACCCUUGGGAUCGACAGCCGAUUUCAUUCUAAGGUAUGGCAACAGGUUUUCAUGAAAACACCCAUUAGACUCGUAAACGCUUUGCUAAUGCAUAUCCUAACCCCUUUUCAAUAGGAAUAUGGAGUUAACUACAGCAGGCAUGAAAGCGCGGUUGCUCGUCGGAUUACUAGCGGUAUCACCGCUGCUGACUGUCGUUUCUGCACAACAAACAUGCAAACUUAAGGCCAAGUUCAAUUUAAACGGAUUUAAAAAUAAAGACAACAAAGACAUUGUUUUAGGAGGGAUGUUUCCUGUACAUAACCGACUGGCUUCAUCCAACGAUUCAACCUCUUCAAUGCCAACGUCUUCUGAUUGUGAGGGGUUUAAUUUCAGAGCAUUUCGUUGGGCCCAAACAAUGAGGUUUGUCAUAGAUGAGAUUAACAUCCGAAAAGACCUGCUUCCAAACAUCACCUUGGGAUAUGUCAUUUAUGAUUCCUGUUUCACGAUUUCAAAAUCUGUUGAAGGUACUCUCACAUACCUAACAGGGCAGGAUGAGGCUGUGCCUAACUACCGAUGCGGCUCCGGUGCCCCCUUGGCAGCAUUAGUUGGAGCAGGAGGAUCUGCUCUUUCAAUUGCUACAGCUAGAAUUUUAGGACUGUACUAUUUUCCUCAGGUAAGCUACUGUUCUUCAUGCUCAGUCCUUAGUGACACCUUCCAGUUUCCUUCAUUUCUCAGAACAAUCCCAAAUGACAACUAUCAGUCGAAAGCAAUGGCACAGCUGGUUGUCAAUUUUGGCUGGACCUGGGUGGGGACUAUUGCAGCAGAUGAUGAUUAUGGCAAAUAUGGCAUCAAGCUGUUCAAAGAAGAGGUAGAGAAGGCUGGGGUGUGUAUCUCAUUCUCGGAGACACUUCCCAAGCUUUAUUCCCAAACGACUAUCCAGCGAAUUGUGGACACUAUUAAGAAGUCCACAGCAAACAUCAUUGUGGUGUUUUCAUCUGAUGUCGACUUUAGCCCACUGAUGGAAGAGCUUGUGAACCAUAACAUUACCAAUAAAACAUGGAUAGCAAGUGAAGCCUGGGUAACAUCGGCUUUGAUCUCCAUGCAAGAGUAUUAUCCUAUUCUUCGUGGAACUAUAGGCUUUGCAAUCAAAAGAGCUGUGAUUUCAGGUCUCUUUGAAUUCCUUAAUAAAAUAGACCCAUAUGCAACCAGCGAUCCUUUAAUGAGAGAAUUCUGGCAACGUGCUUAUAACUGCACUCUGGACGAUGAGUAUAUGCGACUGAGAAUGGAGACACCCAUUUAUAGCAGUAACAUCACAGAGUCAAGAAUCCACACACUUAAUGCCAUUGGACAGCGUAUUUGUACAGGAAAAGAAACUCCGGAGUCCAUUAAUAACACUUACUAUGACGUUUCCCAGCUGCGCAUAACAUACAGCGUUUACAAGGCUGUCUAUACAGUUGCCUAUGCUCUGCAUUAUAUGGCCACAUGCAAAGAAGGAAAAGGACCAUUUGUUGGAAAUACUUGUGCUAACAUUUCAAAUUUUGAACCAUGGCAGCUAAUGUACUAUUUGAAGAAUCUUAAAUUUACAGCUUUGGACAAUGAGGCAGUUUUCUUUAAUGCUAAUGGAGAUGUAGACGCCUAUUAUGACAUUUUAAACUGGCAGAUAAAUAAAGAUGGCAAAAUCAGAUAUGUGAAAAUCGGAUACUACAAUGGCACUGCUCCAACUGGACAAGAAAUGAGCAUUACUAAUAAUUCAGUUAUGUGGAACACCAACAAUUUCACUCAGCCUCCCCGCUCGGUGUGCAGUGAAAGCUGCCUUCCUGGAACCAGAAAGGGAAUUCGUCAAGGGGAGCCAGUGUGCUGUUUUGAUUGCAUUCCUUGUGCUGAUGGUGAAAUUACAAAUGAAACAGAUGCUAGAGAAUGCAUACAGUGUGGCACUGACUACUGGUCCAAUGCCAAGAAAGAUGCCUGCGUUCCGAAAGAGAUCGAGUUUCUUGCAUAUGAUGAAGCACUUGGAAUCACACUGAUUGCAGUGUCUGUUUUUGGUGCCUGCGUCGCUUUCGCGGUUGUCAUUAUCUACAUUAUAUACAGAAAUACGCCACUUGUUAAAGCCAAUGAUAUAGUGCUAACUUUCUUCAUUCAGUUUUCACUUAUCAUUACUUUCCUUAGCUCCAUCACUUUUGUUGGUCAGCCUCAGCCCUGGUCUUGUAUGACCAGACAUGUUUCCCUGGCUCUUGGUUUUGCCAUCUGCCUUUCCUGCAUCAUGGGCAAAACCAUUGUGUUGAUGUUCUCUGCUAGGGCGGCAAAAUCCAAGACCCCUGAAAAAGUCAAUAGUGAGCCAAUUAAACCAAUCCACCAAAAAAUCAUCGCCCUUGUGGGCUCGCUGAUCCAAGUAUGCGGCUGCACUAUCUGGCUGAUCCUCUAUCCACCAUACCCGGUCAAGAACACUGCAUCUCAGAAUAUUAAGAUCAUUCUGGAGUGCAGUGAGGGCAACAUUGUUUUUAUCUGCUGUAUUUUUGGGUAUGAUGUACUGCUUGCACUGCUGGGUUUUGUCUUUGCCUUCAUUGCCCGUAAGUUGCCAGAUAACUUCAAUGAAGGAAAAUUUGUGACUUUUGGAAUGCUGGUGUUCUUCAUAGUUUGGAGUUCCUUUGUUCCUGCAUAUCUCAGUACUAGGGGCAAGUUCAUGGUGGCAGUUCAUAUAUUUGCCAUUUUAGCAUCCAGUUUUGGAUUAUUGGCUUGUAUAUUUGUCCCAAAAUGUUACAUUAUUGUCCUGAAACCAGAGAGAAACACAGAUGAGCUAGUGAAAAGUCAACCAAAGCUGAUUGACAAGAGCGCUCCUGGAACAUCGACGUCACUCUCCAGUGAAAUUAAUAGCACCACAGUUUCUACUGUGUCCAUGACGGAUUGAGUUUUAUGUCUUUUCCAGCUGAUGGCAGCAGCUGUAUAUUAAACUUAAGGGCUUAUGUAUAAAAUAAAGACUCUAUCGAUCAAAUGACUGCAUGUCAGCCACUAGAAAUGGUUGUUCAGAAAUGUGGUUUCAAGUCAUGACUUUGACAGCAAAAAGUAGCCAUAUUUGCCAAUUUAGUUUUAAAUUUGAUUUGGCAUACUAUUAUUAGGCAACUCUAAACUGAUUUAAUGAUAGAAUGUGUACCAUGGACUGGUACUCCAUCCAGGAGGGGUUCAUGCCUUGUGUCCAUCAUGUCCAAGACAGACUCAAAUCUCUUUGCAACUCUGUAACUUUUGACAUAGUGGGUUUGAUUUCUUUUCAUCAUGAAAUUUGUAACUGGUAGGCAAUCGGGCACUUCAUGGCACACAUUGAAAGUCUACAAAAAAUCAUCACAUGAAGAAACAAAAACAGAAAUACAAAUGUGUUAGUUACUGGCUCACAAUCAACUUCUACUGCAGUUAACACACAAGAACUAAAGAGGGGAGACCUUUCAGCCCAUCGUACUCAUUUGUUUAGUUCACAGCUAAAUUAAAAGCCAGUAACUCAUCCAUAAACAUUGUCAAUGUUUUCCUUCAAUUAUAUAACUUGGUGGUUUUCCCCAGAUCCUUAAAUCCCAUCUUUUCAAAUUCAGGGUCAAAUGAAGCUGAAUUUAAUCAGGAAUUGAAGGUAGGAUUCUGCUCUCAUUUUCUGUUGGACCAAUACAGGACACCAUUGCAUACAUUUGUGCUUAUUCACGAUAGGCCAACUUAGAAAACUCAUAAAGAAGGGAGAACAUGUGAUAAACAUAUCCACACAGACAUUCUAUUGCCUGAGGGGUUAAACCCACGACACUGUUUGGAGCUGCUGCUGUCUGCCUGGAGCUCAGAAUUGUUCUUGGUAUUACACAGAAAUCAUGAAUCCCUUUACAUAAUAGGUGACCCCAUUGCAGCCACUGUCUUGACUUCAGCCCAUUUCUGAAUAUACCUGUAUGGGUAGUAUAAAAAAUAAAGAAAUGCAAUUUUAAAGAAAUCUAUAUCUUUUCAAAGAGAUUGUUUAUGACUAACUUUAUAUUUGUAUGCUCAUUAUAUGCUUAUCGAACAGUAUAUAUUUCUUACUGUUUAUGGAAAGGUUGUUUUUCUUUGCUUUCAUAUUUACUACCCCAUAACUCCUGUAUUAUGUUCCCUGGACAGUUUUUCAUGCCGUCUUUUUAGAUCUCUCUCUCUCGUUCUUUCUUUUAGACCCACAGAAACACGCACCCUGCAGGCUAAUGUCUUUUAAAACACAGUUACAAUCCUUUUAUAUUGCUCUUCGUUUCAUUAGUCAUCACCAACCCCACCCCGAGUGGGUUCUUACAAAGUAAUUUAAUUUCUGGCCCUGAGCCAUACUAGAAGAAAAAUGGCUAUUUUCUGCUUAAAAUGUACAUGGGCUUUGCUCACAAAUUUAUAAUCCCAGUGUCAACCACCUUUCUCACUUUUCAACAGCACAUGUGUGUCAGUGAAUGUGCAGGCGUGCAUGCAGAGGUCAUUUAUUAGCACAGCACUCAGGUGGCAAGGCAGCUAAAUUGGUAGAGACGCAGAUCCUGGGUGAUUAAUGUUUUCAGGAAAUCCACAACCCAAUGGAAGGAUCCAGAAUUUACCGGAGCAAAUCUGCGCUUCGUGAAUAUGCAAUAACAGUCGGGGCUAUUUAAAAAUGGACAGAUUAUUUGGCUCUUCCAGCUCUCUUCUCUCUCUCUGUUUCUAUUGCAUUUUUAAAAACUUGUUUUCCACCAAGCUUCUUUUCAAUUUUCAACCAUGCUGUACAUAAAUGUAUAUGUAAAGUUGAAAAACAUAUUUUAUUUUACAUAUGCAUUUUUCACAAUCUGUAUAGACCAAUUUUAAAUAAACUAUUCCUCUUA